GCCCCUGGAAAACACAUUGCGCUGGCUCCUCUGUAUAAGCCAUCAUAUAAGAUAUUUUAUAGUCUCUUGAUGUUCUUUCAGGCGUGGCUUUCAAGCGUGGCCGAGAGAUGCAUAAAGUACGCGGGCAUACUAUCUCUCGGCUCCAGCUCCGGAGAAGCAAAAGUGGGUAGAAGAUGGAGAUAUCGGAAAUGGUUUCCGUGCACUAAACACACACUCAAAUUGCCUGCUUGCUUCCAUACAAUCUAAGGAUUGGCUACAUAGAUUGACUAGAAGGUAGUGUGUAACCCACAUGCAAGGCAUCGAUGCAGCCGCUAUACUACAAAGAAACGCUGAAAUAAACUACAGAUACGAAUCGUUCCUCAAAACCAAGCGGGUUCCAAGCCUGUAAUUCUAUGCUGUGGCUAAAUAAGACUGCAUCUCAUUGAUUUGCGUAGUACUUGUUUAUGUGAGAAUCGUGAUCCAAGACAAUACAAAUAGAAUAGCACUAUGAAACAGCCAUGGACCAUCAUGCAGUGCUAGAACGAAAGUACAUUUACUAUUUGAUUGGGCGGAGGUGAGAAGAAUGGCAAUUGAACUCAUGAAUCAAUGUUUCAGUCUCAUAUCAUUGAUAUCAACAGCAAAUCACCGAAAUACCGACAAGUCCUUCAUAAUUGGUCGUCAAAAAUGGCGAAAAUUCAGGAGUCACCCACUUUACAGGCUACGCCGCAUCAAUCUUAUUGAUUUCAAUGUUCCAAUUCACACCAGGAGCGUGAUUUUCCAGAGUCAGCCCUACCUAACGUCCGCAACAUAUGCCUGCGCCUCACGGGGCGCACGGACUGCAUGCCAUCUCGUAUUCUACGCCUUUAACUUUAAUCGAGACCGAAGGGCUGAGCCACAAGGGCUAGACUAUACGAGGGACUUCGAAGCCGCAGUAUAUAUCAGGCAACACAAAUGACUGCAUCACAUCGAAACUUGAACUAUCAAUUUACAUGCCCAUUGCCGCACCAUGGCGGAAGAAAAUGCAUCCGAUGAGAUUUACGAUCUCUUGAUCCUGGUUGAUGCCACUUCCUCGAUGUACUACUACCUCGAUUCACUGAAAACAUCUCUACCUCAAGUGAUUGCCAUUUCCAACCUUACCGAUAGUUUUUCUCGAAUUGGUGUCUUAGCUUAUCGCGACUACACCGAGGCUGGUCGCAACCGGAAUGGUUUACUGGAAUGGAGCGGGUGGUAUGACCAACACAACGUCAAAACUGAAAAUGAAAACGAAAACCGCGAUGCCUCCGGCCUCCAGUCAAUCAAGAAAGAGGCUCUUAUGAGCAUGGCUUCGGCUAUUGAACCUACAGGGGGUGGUGACUUCCCUGAAGCUACCAAGACAGGACUCGCAAGAGCAUACGAAUUAAUGCGCGAAGAUGCAACAACCAUCAUUCUUCUCUACACGGAUGCGCCACCUCAUUGCCGGACGGUAGCAGAAAAAGGAUCGAGCACCAAUUUUAAGAAAGAACAGGCGGCGCUAUCCACUGCGCAAUCCUAUGGGGGAUUUGGGCCUCAGUUCGCCGACUGGGUGAGCGCAGCCAAUCAAUUACACAAGGGCGCGCGCAAAGCACAAGUCUUUUGCUUUCUCGACCCAAACCUACGAGGAAAUGCGUUGUACGCAGGAUUCUAUACAUAUCUCAGUACAAUGACACGUGGCGCUUGUCUGUACUUGACAGAUACGAACUCUUAUAGUAUUGCGCAGGUUACGGUAGACAUUCUUCUGGCUUGGAUGGGAGUUGAAAAGGCUGGAGCUGAGAACAAUGCUAUUCCAGCCAAAAUGAUGCGCUACAAGGACGUCAAGGAUAUCAAAAAGGCAAAAAACGAAAAGGAUGCGGUCGCCAAUUCCUACUUUUGGGCCCGCAAUACGACCUUCAGUAGGCCAAACGCGCAAUUCGGAAGAAACGCCACCAUAGCUCAAGAUCAUACCAGUUUGAGGGAAAACAUGGAAGCCAACGUUGCUGAAGCGACAGUGGAUGCACAACUGUUGAAGAAACACUUAUCCAAGAAGAAAACGCCGCUCGGUGACUUUGCAAAGCGAUAUGAAAGGGACGAACAGUACAAAAAGCUAGUGACGGAACAGCUUGAAGGUAUUAUCCAACAAGAUGUAUCUUCCAUGUCAUUGAAUCCUGUUUUCGGUACUCUCUGGCGUGCUGUAUGCAACGACCGGGAAAACUCUGCAAGAGAUGAGCUCGUCAAAUCCUUUAGUUCUCAGAUUGACAUGAUCAAAAAUGCUGAAACACGGGCCAAGAUGAGGAACUGGUUGGAGGAAUCAUACGACUUCGCCGCUGAAAUUUUGGAGGAUCUAGAGCGGGCUCCGGAAAGUCAACGCUUCCCUUGUGUGUUUCUCGAUCCUACCACAGAUUUCCAGCGAGCUACGCAAAGCCAAAAACCCGAGCUCGAGGACGAAGAAGAAGAUGAUCGGCCCAUCACAUCAUUUCGGCGCGAUGAACUUCUUGAGAUCGGUCGCUCUUGCGACGGCCGUGUCCUCAGACGACUCGGAAAAGUACUCACGCGCCUUACAUAUGUGGAAUCAUUGGAAGACCUACCACCGCACAUUGAAUCUACCACGAACGCCGAAGUCCCCAGAAUUCCACUCUCGUUUGCUUCACAAGAUGCUGGAUGGAAGUUUUGGAAGAUUCUGCUGCACGUUGUACUUCCAGGAACCAAGCUUUCCGCGCGGCCCUCUGUAGUCCUGGCGGCGCUCGCUAUCCGCAUAGGGCUGAAACCAUUGUUCGGAGCUGCGUGUGCAGCGGUGAUGUUUUGGCGCGACAGGUGGAAUAACAUCGAGACGCCGGAGAACUGGAGUGCGGGCUGUUUGGGACUUCUCCUUGACGCGGACAACGAGUACCAACGUCAAAAAGAAGUAAAUGACGAGAAGAAUAUGGAGAGACUUCUCCAUAAGGGUGACCGUGAAUUGUUUUCUCGCCUUCUUGCAUAUCAUUAUGCUGGCUUGAAUAUUCACACCACGCUUACAGCGGAAAUUGGAUGGGCACCAGAGAAAUCACAGGCUCCCAUUGGAUACGUCGUCAAGUGCCGUACCUGCAAAUUCCCUCGCUCAGUGACCAUCAUGAAUUCAAACGGUCGCUGCGGAUUGUGCGAAGCAUCGGACUGGAAUGACGCCAACCACAAAACACGAGCAACAGCCGCAAACGUCACGAACGAGGAUACUGCAGUUUCAAAUUUGUACUGGGUCGAAUGCAAUGUGCGUACUUGCCGCGCACAGUAUGUAUGCUAUAAUCCAGACGACCUCAGAGUCCGUGCAAAAUGCUACUAUUGCCGUGUUCAAAGCAAGUUGCCCCAGGAGAAGAAGAGUAAUGAUCCAGCGCCGACUUUGGAAUGCACGAAGUGCUUGAGUAAGAUUAUAUGGCCGAAGCCAUGGCAAGACGCUGCACCUACACCCUUCAACUGUCCGGCGUGCAUGGCCGGGAUUAAUACGAUUGAACAGGUCGAGACAAAUGCGCAGCAAAUCACUAAAGAGAAUGGGGAUCAAUGGCUACUACAAGACAAAAGCAACACCAUCAAAGAACCCUUCAAGAAAAGCAUCUUCCAAACAGUAUCUGCCGUCACCCCUCAACUCUUCGUAGACAAAAUAACCGUCCUACCCGCAAUCCAAACAGAAUUUUCUCUAGUUCUCCGCGGUAAACGUAUCCAGAACCAAUCUACCCUCCUCAAAAAUCUAUGGCAAUGGAUCGAAACCCGCACAUCAGAGCGCACACCUUGUAGUCUCUGCUUCACCUCAAUCCCGAACAAACUCCUCCUCCCAGCCUGUCGCCGCGCCGGCUGCAACCAACUCAUCUGCAAAGCCUGCCUCGAUAGCUGGUACGGCCUCAACGCCUCUGGAGCAAUCAUAAACACCGCAGCGCUGUUCUGCCCAUUCUGUCGCCGCCCACCCAGCGCUCGCACGUUAUCCGCGUACGGGAAAGGCGUACACGCUGUGGUCAAUCUCAUGAAAGCAGUGCAAGAAAGAGGGAAAUGGAUAUACGCAUGGUGCACCGACUGCGGUACCGCGGAGCGAUAUAUGGAACAGGAAUGCGCUAGAGGCGCACCCCCUGCCAUCCGGGAAUGGAGAUGCGAGACUUGCGUUCAGUCCGAACAAGAACGCGCGCGCGUGGCGAUGGAAGAAGCGCUGGCCGCGCUGCAGGUAGCGGAGACUCAGGAGAUCAAGGGGCAGGAGCAGCGUGCGGCUAUGAGGAGGUAUGAGCGGGAGCAGCGAAGGAUUAUACGGUUAUCACCUACGCGGAUAUGUCCGCGUUGCAAGGUUCUCACGGAGAAGGAUGGAGGAUGCAAUCAUAUGGCUUGUCCGUGUGGGGCGGAUUGGUGUUGGUGUUGUGGUGGGGAGUAUGAUGAGGAUGGGAUGCUUGAUCAUUUUGCGAACGAUCAUGGAGGGUGGGGGUAUGAGGAUUGA